UUUAACUAUGGCUGAAUGCCUCUAAUAAAAAUAAUAAAUAACUUUUCGUUGCAGAAGGAUCUCGUACAUAUAAAACAGGAAAUAAAACGUGUUCAAAGAAAGUCAACACCACAACUCAAAGGGCUUGUGUGCCUGUGUUUUGCCCCAGGUGAAGGCGGUCAGGGCAGGAGGUAUGGUGGAGAUGAUGGGGGCUCAGACAGGGGCUCUUCUGACGGGUAUAGAGGCCGAGGGCGUGGUGGGUACGAGCGUGGGGGAUACGACAGGGGUGGAAGAGGCGGCCCUCCAUCUGGUAUGGGAGGUGGUGACCGUGGUGGCUACAAAAAUUACGGUGGUCCUCGAGACUACGGCUCAAGGGAUGAACCAACUGGAGGUAGCGGUGGUAGCCAAGGUAGCGGCAGCGGUGGGGAACAGGACAACUCCGACAACAACACCAUCUUUGUCCAGGGACUGGGAGAAGAUGUCACAAGUGAUGAAGUGGGCAACUACUUCAAACAGAUUGGGAUCAUUAAGUUGAACAAGAAGACUGGCUUGCCAAUGAUCAACCUGUACUCUGACAAGGCUACUGGAAGACUGAAGGGAGAGGCCACUGUCUCAUUUGAUGAUCCACCUUCUGCCAAAGCGGCCAUUGAGUGGUUUGACGGCAAAGAAUUCCAAGGGAAACCCCUCAAAGUGUCUUUUGCCACCCGAAGAGCCGAGUUCACGCAGAGGGGUGGCGGUGCAGCAGGAGGUGGAGGAGGUAGAGGAGGAGGCGGUUUUGGCGGCCGUGGUCGUGGACGUGGGUUUGGAGGAGGAGGAGGAGGUGGUGGUGGUGGUGGACCCAACUUUGACAUCAAGGGAGGGGACUGGCCAUGUCCUAACAGUUCUUGUGGCAACAUGAACUUUGCGCGUAGGUACGAAUGCAACAAGUGUGGCACACCAAAACCAGGGGACAGCGGAGGAGAUCGUGGUGGUGGAGGCCGAGGGUAUGGUGGUGACAGGGGCGGCGGGUACAGAGGCCGUGGGGGAUUCCGUGGAGGUGACCGCGGUGGUUAUGGCGGAGGUGGAUAUGGUGGUGACAGGGGCUACAAGAUGGGAGGAAGAGGUGACCAUAGAGAAGACAGAAGAGACCGGCCAUACUAAGGAUUCACAUGGACACCAUUCCAGAAUGCCCAGGGGUUGGGGUUGGGUUAGCGGGAAGGGAGUGGGGGGAUUGAUCUACACUUUAAUUUGCAUACCUUUCAUUACCAAUGCAUCACAUGUAUUGCUUCUGAUCUGUCUUAUCGAGAGGUCAGGGAAAUAUGUGCAACUACUGUGAAAGGACUUUUGUGCUGAUAAGCAGGGUUGUAGGUGUAGAAGGGGGGCAGGGUCAAAUGUAAUUUUUUUUCUUUUUUUUUCUUCAUUUCCCUGAUUCUACUAGGUCCAGGCAUUGUGAGGUAGACUUCGUGUCAUUGUUUUGUCCAAUUUAAAUGAACAGUUUUAUUUGGGUUUCUCUUUUUUCCAAAUGAUAUUAAACUGUUCUGAUCUUA